AUGGGUGACUUCAAUGCCAAGGUAGGCAAGAAGCAGGCUGGAGACAAGUCAGUGGGGGAAUAUGGCAUAGACAACAGGAAUAGCAGUCGACUGCACGUCGGAAAAGUCUUGCCACUCAGCCUUAAAGGCGUGCGACAGGCACAAGAGUCUGAUGGCGAGUGCAAGGGCUUCACCUCCUACUUCCAGCACUUUGGCCACAGAAGUCCAAGAUACCACUGCACCUCUCAAAAGCCCCUGGUCUACGCGGCCCUACCUGGACGUCCCUGGGAAUUCCUCGGAAUGGACUUGUUCCACCUUAACGGCCAGACGUUUAUCCUGGUGGUGAACUAUUAUUCAAAGUUCCCUGAGGUGGUGACGCUGGGGAGCACAACAGCUCAGGCAGUCAUCGACACUCGCAAAACCAUCUUUGCCCGCCAUGGUAUCCCGCAGGAAGUCAGGUCAGACAACGUCCCACCGUCUUCGUCGGAAGAGUUCACGGCGUUUGCAGCGUCGUACAGCUAUAACCAUGCGACCAGCAGUCCACACUACGUUCAAUCGAAUGGAGAGGCGGAGAAGAUGGUGCGUACAAUCAAGGACCUGUUUCUCAAGUGCCGGAGACAAUACGGCCUGGCCCAUGCAUUAUAUGCCGACGACAUCACCCUCUGGACUGCGAGGGCGCGGUCGGAUGGCUGGAAGGGAAACACGCUCCAAAAAGCGGCUGACACGGUCAACAGCUAUGCGAAAACCUGUGGCCUUUGCUGUUCGCCUCAAAAGUCGGAGCUGACCAUUGUCAGACCACGUAAAUCAGGGAAACAAGCAGAAAACAUAGAAACCACUUUGGAAGGGAUCCGGAUCUUCCUGGUACCUCACCUCAGGAUCCUCGGCCUCCUGAUCCAGGCAGACGGCAAGGCAACAGCCAUGAUCAGAAAAAUCAAGCUCACGUCAGACCAGAUCUUCAACAUGAUUAUACGAGUGGCCAACAGGCGGAGGGGUCUGAAGAAAUCGGACACCUUGCACCUCGUUUAG